AUGUGGUGUCCAGAAAUUGAUAAAGAACUACUUCCCAUAAAAAUGCAUUACUUUUUUGGAUUUGGCGCAUUAGCUCCCGUUUUUCCGUUUUUGACCACUAUCAGCAAACAACGAGGUUAUUCUGCAUUAGCAAUUGGCAUCGCGUUAACGAUCUUGCCAGUGCCCAUCUUCUUUGUGAGACUACUAGUUGGAGCUGUCACAGAUGCCUACGAAUGCAGAAAACUUGCUCUGUUCAUAUCGCAGCUACUUAUGAUACUCACCGUCAUCGGAUUAAUCUUUCUGCCAGGAUCGGUGCACGAACGUGAAAACCGACAUAGUAAGUAUGGACAACAGAGAUUGUGGGGAGCUGUCGGCGUGGGAACAAUUUCUAUUUUUUCCGGCGCAUUUGUCGAUUGGUUUAGCAAAGACGAAAUUCACAAAGACCAAACUUCCGGAUAUUUGGUAUCGAUAUUUUGUGUACUGCUCGAUAUCUACGUCACUACUAAAAUUAAGGUUGUCCAAGACAGAGAAGAAAGUGUUGUAGACGAUUUAAAACACGUCAUAUGCAGUUUAAGAGUAUUUGUAUUUUUAUUAACUGUCGUGUGUUUUGGAUUCUUCAUUUCGUUUAUUUGGAACUUCGAGUUUUGGUACCUUGAAGACUUGGCACGAGUGUACCAUCCUGAAACGAGAAAAUGGAUUAAAACUGUCGAAGGAUUAUCUCAAACGAUUCAAUGUUGCUUAGGCGAAGUGCCUGCUUUUAUUUUUUCAGGUGUGAUAAUUAAUUACUUGGGCGAUAUGAACGUGUUUACGUUCUCAUUCAUGGCGUACGCUCUACAAUUUUAUUUGUACUCAGUUUUCACCCAUCCCCUUUGGGUUUUAACUGUCGAACCUCUAAAUGGAAUAACAUUUGCACUGGCUUACACAGCCGCUAUUUCUCAUGCGUCUGAUUUAGCUCCAGUCGGCGCCGAGGGAACAAUUCAAGGAUUCGUCGCGACGGCCUAUGUAGGAAUAGAAGAUAUAUGUGGACUUCUUGAGGUGGAUUCGGAUGAAGAUGAGCAAAUUGAUGAUCAAGACGAUAUUGAUUUUGAACCUAAAGCCAUUAAAGAAAAUUAA